CAUCUAUCUUGUUGGAACAUGGUGCCUCAAUGUCCUCAACUACUAAAAAAGGAUUCACUCCACUACAUUUAGCGGCGAAAUAUGGAAAUAUUAAAGUUGCAAAGUUGCUGCUUGGAAAGGAGACCGAGGUAGAUGCCGAGGGGAAGAAUGGUGUGACCCCCCUCCACGUGGCAGUCCACUACGACAACACAGCCCUCGCCCUGCUUCUCCUGGAGCGGGGUGCAUCUCCUCAUGCUGCUGCUAAGAACGGUUACACACCUCUUCAUAUAUCCGCUAAGAAGAACCAGCUGGAUAUUGCCAGAACCUUGCUCGAAUAUGGUGGAAAGGUGAACUCAGAGUCAAAGGCCGGGUUUACGCCUCUUCAUUUGGCAGCUCAAGAAGGACAUAUUGAAAUGGCGGAGCUGCUGGUCAAGGCGGAGGCGGAGGUUAACAACAAGGCAAAGAAUGGAUUGACUCCUCUCCAUCUGUGUGCCCAGGAGGAUAGGACAGAGGUUGCUAGGUUACUGGUUGACUCUGGAGCUGAAUGUGACAAUGAGACCAGAGCAGGAUACACUCCUCUUCAUGUUGCUGCUCACUUCGGGCAGAUCAACAUGGUCCGGUACCUUCUCAGCCAGGGAGUUCGUGUAGAUGUUCAAAAUGAACUUGGAUACACACCUCUUCAUCAGGCCGCCCAACAAGGACACAGUCAGAUUGUGAACCUACUUCUGGAAUCCAACGCUUCACCGAACCAGAUUUCAAACAAUGGUCAGACUGCACUGAGUAUUGCCCAGAAGCUGGGAUAUAUCUCAGUAGUGGAGACUUUAAAGGUUGUCACAGAUGAGGUUGUAACAACAACUACAACAACAACUGUAGAAGAGAAGUAUAGAGUCCUGGCUCCUGAGUCUAUGCAGGAAACAUUCAUGUCGGAUUCUGAGGAUGAAGGCGGGUAUAUGGGUGAAGAAUGUCUGAAUGACAGAAAGAUAUAUCUACCCCAUUUUGAGCAGAGUAUAGUGGAACCUAGAGAGGAGAACCCCCAGGACCACACCUACAAGUAUCUGACCAGCGAGGAGAUGAAGGGGCUGGGGGAUGAUUCAAUGCAGAUCGAUGUUACCAACGACGAGAAGGAGAAGAAGGAGUCAAUGAACAGGGUUGCGGAACUAAGUAUAGAAAAGAAAAUCUUGGAGUUGGAGAAGAGUCGAGAUUAUAAUCUUGAAGCUGAAAUCUUAAUCAACAAUGAUCAGACGGAUAAUAUUGAGAUACCAACCAAACCUCCUGUCAGUGCAGGGGUUAAGGGCGCGCAUUCAUUUGCUAGUGUUGCAACCAGUGUAGGGAACCAAAGUACUACCUCCUCUAUGUGGCGUGAAAGGUUCCUGGUUAGCUUCAUGGUCGAUGCACGUGGAGGAGCAAUGCGCGGUUGCCGUCACUCCGGUGUGCGCGUUAUAAUACCUCCAAGGAAGGCGCCGAUGCCUAUGAGGGUAACAUGCAGGUACUUGAAGAAGGAUAAGCUAGUCCAUCCUCCUCCUCUAAACGAAGGAGAAGCUCUAGCCAGCAGAAUACUGGAGCUAGGACCAGCAAAAGCAAACUUCCUUGGACCAGUCAUAAUAGAGGUUCCCCACUUUGCCUCCCUGCGAGGGCGGGAGCGUGAGAUAAUUAUUCUAAGAAGUGAUGAUGGAGAGAAAUGGCGUGAACACUCUCUUGAAGCUACAGAAGAGGCUGUACAGGAGGUUCUUCAGGAAAGCUUCGAUGGAGAAGAUGCUGGUCCUCUAGAAGAUCUGAACACUAACAGAAUCACUAGGAUCCUUACCACCGACUUCCCCCAGUACUUCGCCAUCAUUACCAGGAUCCGGCAGGAGCUCCACUAUAUUGGUCCUGAGGGAGGACUCGUCAACAGCUCAGUUGUUCCUCAGGUGCAAGCACUGUUCCCACAGGCAGCUUUAACUAAGAAGAUUAAAGUUGGACUUCAGGCGCAACCUAUUCCUCCUGAGUUGGCCGCUAAGCUUCUCGGCAACAGAGUAGCAGUAUCUCCUAUUGUUACCGUUGAACCUAGAAGGCGGAAGUUCCAUAAACCUAUUACCCUGACUAUCCCUGUCCCUGUUGCUGCUGGUAAAGGAAUGAUAAACCAGUACUCCGGUGAUACUCCGACACUUCGUCUUCUAUGUUCAAUUACAGGUGUGUUCAGGAAACGGUCCUUAAAAGUGAGCUCCACCAAUAACUACAAAUAUUCAACUAGUGGAACAACACGAGCUCAGUGGGAGGAUGUCACUGGUUCUACUCCUCUUAACUUCCUUAAUGAUUGUGUCAGCUUUACAACGACGGUGUCUGCCCGGUUCUGGUUAAUGGACUGCAGAAAUGUUCCUGAAGCUACAAAGAUGGCCACCACAUUGUACAAAGAAGCUAUUCACGUUCCCUUUAUGGCUAAAUAUGUUGUGUUCGCUAAACGCCAUGAGCAGCUUGAGGCUCGGAUGCGGGUUUUCUGUAUGACGGAUGACAGGGAGGAGAAAACCUUAGAACAUCAAGAGCAUUUUCACGAAGUUGCUAAAUCCAGAGAUGUUGAGGUUCUUGAAGGAAAGACUCACUACCUUGAGUUUGCUGGUAAUCUGACACCUGUCACUAAAUCUGGAGAUCAGUUGACCAACAAGUUCCUCGCUUUCAGGGAGAACAGACUUCCCUUCACAGUUAGAGUUAAAGAUCCAAACAAUGAUCCGCUAGGACGUAUCAGCUUCUUCCGUGAGGCGAGGACAGGGAAAGGAGAGGUUCAACCUAAUCCUAUCUGUAACCUUAAUAUCAGCCUACCUGGAGAUAUUAGUCCUGAUCAUUCUUACACAGACAAGGAUAUCAUGGCUAUACAGGAAAAGUACAGUUUCCUUCGGGAUUCUGGGUACGGAAAGUUGAAUACUAUUCAGAAAGCGGAUCUCAGGAUAUCAGAUAUAUCCAAUCAUCUUGGUAAAGAUUGGGUUAAGGUUGCCCGAGAACUAGACAUAGAAGAUCAGGAUAUCAACCUUAUCAUCACAGAGUAUCCUGACAACUUAGGACAGCAGGCUAUGGUUAUGCUUAGGCUAUGGUUAAACACUGCCGGUCACAAAGCAACCGGAAACGCGCUGAAGAGUGCGCUUGCAUCCUGUGGUCGACAGGACAUUAUUGACGAGUGCACGAUCUCCUUGUCUGAAGUUACAGAUCAGGACGAGAUGAAUAUUGCUGAGCAUGAGCUUCUCCAGGACGGGUUUGAUACCUUCAAGGCCGGACUUAACGGGUUCGGUGGGAAAAACUCCACCCUGAAGCGGGACUACAGUAUGGAUGUGAGCUAUGAUGAAAAUGAAAUUCAUCAGGAUCGAAAGCACAUGUCAGAGAUCUCCGAGGAAAGGACGGAAAGCUCCGACGAGACUGAGAUCAAAUACAGAGCAGAAGAGAAGGUUUUUACCGAGUCCUCAUUCUCGCAGCAGUCAUCCACAUCCCAGGAUUCGUCCUUACAAAAGUCAUCGCUAAUCCAGGACUCUUUCGAUGAGGUUAAAAUGACCCAUGAAGAGUCCUUCUCUGAGACUAGAAAAGAGUCAAAAAUGGAGAUAAUUGAAUCUAUGGUAGAAGGAAAAAUGGAAAAGAUGAGUUUGGAUGAAGUGACUUCAAAGCAAACCGUCAAGAGUUCAACAGAACAGAAUGUUCAAGAGAUGAAAAUUCAAGAAUCUUCAGUGCAGCAGUCCUUGGUGCAGGAAUCCAUGGAAUCUUCAGUGAAGCAUCAAUCCUCGGUGCAGGAAUCCAUGAUGCAGCAGUCGACCAAGCAGUCCAUCAUUCAAGAGUCUUCGGUACAAGAAUCUACGAUUCAAGAGUCUUCGGUCCAAGAAUCUAUGAUUCAAGAAUCUUCUGCCCAAGAAUCUAUGAUUCACGAGUCUUCUGCCCAAGAAUCUAUGAUUCAAGAGUCUUCGGUCCAAGAAUCUAUUAUUCAAGAAUCUUCAUUCCAAGAAUCCAUGAUUCAGGAAUCAUCAAUCCAGGAGUCGGUUGUCCAGGAAUCCAUGGUUCAGGAAUCAUCGGUUCAGGAGUCAUUUGUCCAAGAAACAAAAAUUCAGAAAUCUUCAAUUCAGGAAGAACAAACAGAAGAAUCAAUAGCAUCAAAUGCUCAAAAACAAGAAUCAAGGAUUGGAACGUCUACCAGAGUUCAUGAGUCCGAAGUAACAGAACUAGUAACAGAAAACUCUGCCGUCAAAGAAGUCGUUCAAGAGUCAAAGAAGGAGGAAAUGAUAGAAGAAAUAAAGUUUAACGAGGAAACAAAGAACGGAGUAACGACGAGUUCUGAGGAAAAGAACUUGACAAUUGAAACCACAGACUCAACUCUGGGAGCUAAUAAUGCAUUCACAGGCACCAAAACUUCACUGGAUGAAGCAGGUGUAACUGUGGUUAAUGAGGCAGACAAGGAGGACAAGGAGGACAAGGGGGACAAGGGGGAGAAUGAAAAGGAGAAGAAGGGUAUUAAAGCUGCUGGAGCUAGCAGUAGCCCCUCUCUUCAUCCCCUUCCUUGUCCUAACCUUACCAGUCCUAAUGUUUCCACAAUUUUAAACUAUGUCACUAUUGAGACAGAUUUAAAACAGGGUGUUGAAAUCUCACUUGAUCCAAAAGAAAGCUUUGGAAUCACAGUUCAUGACCUUGAUCAUACAAGUGAAGAAAAACAGACAACUGAUAUAUCAAGAAAAAUAAAGGAAAGUAAGUUAACUUUAGAGAAAAAGAUUCAAAAGCUUGCACAUGAAAUUGCUGGAACACCAGAGAGCCCUUUAACUGAAAGUGGGCUUUUCACAGACACAGGAAUAAGCAGUUUGGACUUAACUGGAGACAAAUUGAGAACAAGAAAGCUACUUCUUGAUCUACGUGAGCCUACUACUGACACUGAUAUGGAUUAUUCAGAAUUAAGUCCAAGUUCUAUUGGACAUGACCUGCCCCCUUUCAGUCCCGAACAGAGUGAGGGUAUAGAUUCCACUCAUAACUUGGCAGCUGCGCAAGAAUCCAAUACUAGUAGAAGUACCCAGUAUGGUGCACAUUGUGAUGCUCAGCUAAGUCCAAUACUAUUUUUAGAUAACAAAGCUACAAGUCCUAUGGGGGUAAGAGGAACAGCAGAGUUGCUUAGAACAACUAAGGAUGCAAGCUCAAGUCCACCCCAGCACACUAUGCAUUCUGCAAGCACAUCCCCUCCACAAAAAGGAGAUCUUGAUCCCAGCAGAACAAGUACUCAAGUCACAACUCCUAAUGAACCAACUAACAGAGAAAUAGGCUAUCAAAGCUCCUUAGACUUUGAACUGGAACUAAAUUGCCCUAUGGCUGAGGAAGCAGGCCUCAAAAAGAACAUAACUUUAGAGAGAGUGCAGACUAAAAACUCUGUAGAAGGCAGGAGAAGUGUUGAAGAUCUUGCUAAAUGUUUUGAAGAUAUGGCUACUGAAGGGAUAUCUAAACGACCUCAGAGUUUACAUUCAGAAAAAGGAUUACCAGAAGAUGAAGGACUAAAUCUGGAGACACCUGGUAGAGAAGCAUACCGAGAGGAGCAAGUGGUGGAGAUUGAAGUAGAACAGAAGGAGUUACAAAUAAUGGAUAAAACUUACAAAGAAGACAGUCUACUAAAUACAGAGGUCUGGCCAUCUAAGGGUAAUUUAAUUUUUGUUCUGGUCAAAGCUCAAAAUCUCCAGAAGAAGGACAUUUUUAGCAAAUCUGAUCCCUAUGCAACAAUUAGUUUCCAAGGUAACCAUCAGAGCACUGAAACCAUAAAAAAUAACAACAAUCCGGAAUGGAAUCACCAAAUUGAGUUAAAUAUCACUGAUUAUCAAAAUUUAGAAAUAGGCAUUGAAAUAUUCAACAAGAAAAAAAUUGGAAAGGAUGACUCUUUGGGAUAUGUAACUCUAAAUUCCCAGGAGUUAUCAAAUUUGAACUCAUGGGUUGACCUUAAAGGAUGCAAAAAAGGACAAGUAUUUGUUUUUUCGGAAUUUAUUCCAGAAGAAACAUUGCAAUCCCUGGAAAAGAGAGAUAUAGAUCUUUUAAAGUUAACAACCAAAACUGAAAAAAAAUUAAAUGAUCAAAAUACAAAUGACAGAACAAAUCUAGAUUCUGAGACUCAGAAACUUGAACAUGCAAAGCUUAUGGUAAAAGCUCAGGAGAUUGAAGAAGCUCCUAAGCUUAAACUAUGUAAGCAGCAUGAAGAAGAUCAUAUGCAUGAAGCUCAAGAGUUUGAAGGUCAGAAGAUUAAGGAGGACAGUCAGAAAAUGGAAGUCCUGAAGCUUGAAGAAAUUAAUGAAGUAACAGAAGGCAUCCUACAGCUUACAGUUCAUUGUGGAAAAAGUCUGACCAAUAAAGAUGUUUUUGGUAAGUCUGAUCCAUAUGUAAUAGUAGAAUAUGACAAUAAGAAACACAGAUCAGAAACAGUAAAAAAUAAUCUUAAUCCCAAAUUUGAAUUUGUGGUGAGCCUGAGUGUCAACAAAGAUUCAUCUGAUGAAAUUUACAUAAACUUGUUUGAUGAAGAUAUUGGUAAAGAUGAUGUCUUAGGUUUUGCAGUUUUAACAGUAGGAGAUCUGAUCAGGCAGAAUGCGGACAACAGAGUAGUUAAACUUAUGAAUGUCAAAAGUGGUGAAAUUCAUUUUUCCUCUUCCUUUUAUCCAAAAGAAACUAUUAAAGAAUCCAACAAACUUGAAGUAGCUGAGAGCUUUGAAGAAAUCAAGAAUCCUGAAGAAGCUCAGCUGCUCCUUGAAAAAAUAAAGCUUAAAGAAACUCAAAAGUUUAGACAAGUCCAUAAUCUUGAAGAAGAAAAAGAAUCAAAACAAGUUCAGAACCUGAUGGAAAAUAACAAAAUGGAUGAAGCCCUAAAUCUUGAAAAAGUAAAAAAGAUCAAUGAAAGUCAUUUGCCUGAAGAGAGCAAAAAGAACAAAGUUCAGAAGCUUGAGGAAGCACAGGAAGAAAGUCAAAAGAUAGAAGAAGUGCAGAAGCUGGAGAAAAAAAUUAAAUUAGAAGAAGCUCAGAAACUUGAAAAAAGUUUAAAGAUUGAUGAAGUGAUGAAGCUUGAAGAAAGUAAGAAGAAGGAAGACACUAAAAGUAUAAAGAUCGAAGAAGCUCAGAAGCUGGAAGAAAGAAAUAAGGUAAAAGAAGUGCAGGAGCUUGAAGAAAGUAAGAUGAGUGAAGUCACUCAAUGUAUAAAGAUUGAAGUAGCACAGAAGUUGGAAGAAAGAAAUGAGGCAGAAAAAGUGCAGAAGCUGGGAGAAAUAAAGAAGAAAGAAGACACCCAACCUGUAAAGAUUGAAGUAGCACAGAAUUUGGAAGAAAGAAAUGAGGUAAAAGAGGUGCAGCAGCUUGCAGAAAGUAAGAAAAGAGAAGACGAGCAAGAUAUGCAGAUAGAAUUAGAACAAAAGCUGGAAAAAAGAAAUAAGUUUGAAGAAGUGCAGAAGCUUGAAGAAAGUAAGAAGCUUGAAGGCACACAAAAUAUAAAGAUUGAAGAAAGUAAGAUGCUUGAAGACACACAAAGUAUAAAGAUUGAAGAAGCAAAGAAGCUUGAAGACACACAAAAUAUAAAGAUUGAAGAAUCAAAGAAGCUUGAAGACACACAAAGUAUAAAGAUUGAAGAAGCAAAGAAGCUUGAAGACACACAACAUAUAAAGAUUGAAGAAGCGCAGAAUUUGGAGAAAAGAAAGUCUGAAGAAGUGCUGAAGCUUGAAGAAAGAAUUAAGUUAGAAGAUGAACAGAGUGAUGAAGAAAGACAUAAGUUGGAAGAAGUGCAGCAGCUUGAAGAAAAUAAGAAAAGAGAAGACAAACAAGAUAUGAAGAUAGAAGUAGAACAAAAGCUGGAAAAAAGAAAUAAGUUAAAAGAAGUGGAGAAGCUUGAAGACGUACAAAAUAUAAAGAUUGAAGAAAUUAAGAAGCUUGAAGACACACAAAGUAUAAAGAUUGAAGAAAGUAAGAAGCUUGAAGACAUACAAAGUAUAAAGAUUGAAGAAAGUAAGAAGCUUGAAGACACACAAAGUAUAAAGAUCGAAGAAAGUAAGAAGCUUGAAGACGUACAAAGUAUAAAGAUUGAAGAAAGUAAGAAGCUUGAAGACACACAAAGUAUAAAGAUUGAAGAAAGUAAGAAGCUUGAAGACAUACAAAGUAUAAAGAUUGAAGAAGCACAGAAUCUGGAAAAAAGAAAUAAGUCAGAAGAAGUGCUGAAGCUUGAAGAAAGAAUUAAGUUAGAAGAUGAACAGAGUGAUGACAAAAGAUAUAAGUUGGAAGAAAUGCAGAAACUUGAGAACACUCAGAAGCUUGUGGAAAGCAUAACUAUAGAAGAAGACAGUAUGAAGAAAGUAGAAGUUGGCAUUUUGAAACUCAUCAUUCACUGUGGAAAAAAUCUGGCCAAUAAAGAUGUCUUUGGUAAAUCUGAUCCUUAUGUUGUAGUUGAAUAUGACAGUCAUAAAUACAGAUCAACAACUGUUAAAAAUAAUCUUAAUCCAAAAUUUGAAUUUGCAGUAGACCUAAUUGUUGACAAAGACUCAUCUGAUGAAAUUUUUAUAAAUUUGUUUGAUGAAGAUUUUGGUAAAGAUGAUGCUUUAGGUUUUGCAGUUUUAAAUGUAGGAGAUCUGAUCAGGCAGAAUGCAGACAUCAAAGUAGUUGAACUAAUGCAUGUUAAAAGUGGUGAACUAUAUAUAUCUUCUAUUUUUCAUGAGAAAGAAAUUGACUUUAAAAAAGAUGAAUCAAAGGAAGCCUGGAAACCUCAAAGACAAAAAGCUGAUAAUGAAGCAUUAAUGCCCACAGAUAUAACUAAGCCAGGAGAUGGUACAAAACUGGAGAAUGACCCAAAGCUAGAAAUAGUCAAAAUGCUAACAGAAGAUAAGUUGUUGGAAGAAGCUAAAAGUUUGGAUCAAGCCAAAAAGUUGCUAGAUGAUGUUGGAAAACCUGAAAAUACAUCUAUGUUAAGUCAAAGUAUAUUAAAUUUCCAUAGUUCAGAGAAGCAGGACGUUUCCAUCAAGUUCUCUAAGGAAUAUCAGAAUGAAGACAGCCGUUUUGAAUCAUUUUUAUCUAAUAAGACUAAGGUAAUUAUUAGAGAGGAUAUGCACCAGAAAACUGUUGUUUCCCAAGAUUUGAUUUUGAGGACGGAUGAACAAGAUGAAUUAAUUGAAACCAAGUUUGAUGACCUUGAACUUGACAGAGAACUCAAUGUCAUUUUUGACAACAAUGUAGAAGUCAUCUCUUUUGAAGUUGAGAAAGACUUGUGUUCCCAAUUGUCUAAGGGUAAAAUUGUUCAAGAAAUUAGCAAAGAGUUUGAACACCCUUCACCAGUUCUAACCAAAGAGGUGAAAAAUGUUGAAAAAGAUGUGGGUAGUUAUACUACCACUGAGGACCAGUGUAGUCCAGAUCUUUCUCCAAUCUUUUUGAAAGAGGAUUUCGACAAUUCUAAUUCGGAUAUUGAACUAAAGAUUAAAGAGGUAUCGUCCAAACAAGAAAAUGAAAAGUCUACUGACCAUGCAGAGAUGUGGAAAACCAUUAAAUUUGAAGAGCAUGAAGCCCUUGAUUCCAUGGAUGUCUUAGCAGUUCAGAAGAUGGAAAAGGAGUUUGAAGAGAAUCUCAAUAUUAAUAUGAAGGAUAAUGCAAAGAAGGAUGAUAAUAAGAGUGAUGUUUUAGGAUCAGUUGCUAAACCUGUAUCAGGAAGAUGUCAGUUAACAAUUCAUUCUUGUACAGAUUUAGUAAACAAAGAUACCUUGGGUAAAUCUGAUCCAUAUGUUGUGUUGGAAUAUGGAGAUAAAAAAUAUCGAUCCGAAACAGAAAGAAAUAAUCUUAACCCCAAUUGGGAUUUUUACACAGAGUUUCAUUUUGAUACAAAUAAAUCUGAUGAAAUAUUUAUCAAUGUAUUUGAUGAGGACAUUAUUAGAGAUGAUGCAAUGGGAUUUAUUGCCUUAAAUAUCCUUGAGUUGGUUGACUCAAAUCCAGUUGAAAGGAAAAGGGAAAAUCUAUUGUGUGGAAAGGGUGGAAUUACAUUUUCUUCAAUAAUAACUCAAGAAGGGGAAAGUGGUAACACUGCUAAAGAAUUAGCUUCACUUGGAGAAUACUUCUUUCUUGAACAACAACAAGAAGUAAAGGAGUUCAAAGAAAUUCAAAAGGAUAAAAAGCAAGAAGAAGUCCAGAGGCAUGAUGAGACUCCAAGCCUUGAAGAAAUUAGGAAACUUGAAGAAAGUGAAGAUAUUAAAGAGCUCAAGGAAUGUAAAAAAACAGAAGUUCAGAGGGUUGCAGAAGUAAAUGAGCUCAUAAAAUGUUCCAAGUUGGAACAAAGUAAUAAAGAAAAACUUCAGAUGCCCAAAAAAACACUGACGCUUGCAGAGGCUAAAAAGCUUGAACAAGAUAAGAAGAUAAAAAAAGGUCAGAUGCAUGAUGAAGGAAAAGAGGUUGAAGAAGCAAAUAUAAAGGAAGAAGAUUGGGUCUUUAAAAAAGCUCAGAUGCUGGAAGAAAAUAAAAAGCUUGAACAAUCCCAAGAAGUUAAGCAAGGUGGAACCUUACAGCUUAUUGUUCACUGUGGAAAAAAUCUGGCCAAUAAAGAUGUCUUUGGUAAAUCUGAUCCCUAUGUUGUAGUUGAAUAUGACAGACAUAAAUUCAGAUCUAAAACUGUUAAAAACCAUCUUAAUCCAAAAUUUGAAUUUGCAGUAGACCUGCAAGUUGACAAAAACUCAUCUGAUGAAAUUUACAUAAACUUGUUUGAUGAAGAUAUUGGUAAAGAUGAUGCCUUAGGUUUUGCAGUUCUAAAUGUGGAAGAACUGAUCAGGCAGAAUGCAGACACUAAAGUAGUUGAACUGUUGAAUGUGAAAAGUGGUGAACUUUAUAUAUCCUCUGUUUUCCAUCAAAAAGAAAUCGACUCUGAAAAAGAAGAACCUAAGAGUUACCAGGAAGCUCUAAAAGAACCUCAGAAGCCAAAGGCUUAUAAAGAAGCAAAUGAGCUUUUAGAACCAAAAACAGUGGGAGAAGCUCAAAGUCUUAAAGAAAUUCAGAAGCCUGAGAUAGCUGAGAAGCUCAAAGACACCAAGAAGCUUGACGAAAGAAUCAUGAUGGAAGAAUUUCAGAACAUUGAAGAAGUAAGACAAUUUGAGAAAAGUAAGAAGCUUAAAGAAGUAUGGGAGCUUGAAAUAGAUCAACAACUUCAGGAGGCACAUAAGCUUCAUGAAAGUAAGGAGAUAGAGAAUAAAUUGAAGUUUGAAGAAAAUUUUGAAUUUGACAAAGCUCAGAACCUCCAAAACACUCAGGUGCUAUUGGAAAGGAAGAAACAGACAGAGAAAGAGCAUGUACGUAAUAUUAAACAGGAUGGAGUAUUGCAGCUCAAUAUUCACAAUGGAAAAAAUCUAGCCAACAAAGAUUCUUUUGAUAAAUCUGAUCCAUAUGUUGUGGUUGAAUAUGGCAGCAAGAAAUAUAGAUCAAAAACAGUUAAAAACAAUCUAAAUCCCAUUUUUGAAUUUGUGGUAAGCUUUAUAAUUGACAAAAACUCUUCUGAUGAAAUUUACAUAAACGUGUUUGAUGAAGAUAUUGGUAAAGAUGAUGCUUUGGGUUUUGCAGUACUAAAUGUAGGAGAUCUAAUAAGGCAAAAUGUAGACAUUACUGUAGCUGAACUCAUGAACGUUAAAAGUGGUGAACUUUAUAUUUCCUCUUCCUUUUCUCCAAAUGAAACCAUAUCUGUGCAAGAGCUGACAGUAGUAAAUACUUCUGAAGAGACAAGUUUUAGAAAAAUUCAAGAAACAGAUGAACUUGUAACAAUAAGAGAUAUUGUAAAAGAUCAGGCAUAUAUAGAGGCUGAGAAACAAAAGCCUGUUGACAUUGAAUCUAAAUCAAGUUCUAUUGACAAUAAGAAGAGGGAUACCAUAUCUUUGCAUAUUCAUCGCGUUAAGAAAUUGUUGCUGGAGAAUCCAGUUCCCCUGAAUAUUUUUGUAACUGUAAGUCUGGAUUCAGAAGUCAAAAAGUCAUUCAAAUCAAUAUAUAAUGAAACCAUAGUAUUUGAUUUCAAGUGUCAUUUUGGUGUUGAUGGAGGAUCUGGUGAAACAUUAACUAUCAAGAUUUUUGCAGAUAACAGGGAUGAAGAUUCACAGUGCCUCGGAAAAUGUAUUCUAAGCAUUGAUGAAGUGAAAGAUAAAUGUAUUUUAGAAACUUGGAUGCCUUUGUCUAAUACAAAGUCUGGCGACAUUCAGCUAUCUGUGCAGUAUAAAACUAUCAUUAAUGAACCAGUUGUAAAAACAGUUUUAUCUAGACAAACUUUCAUUUCAAAACAGGAAGCUGAAAUGCCAGUAGAAGAAGAAAAAGUUAUCAUGCAAAUGACCAAUCUUGGAGUUGAAGAUAUAUCCAUUAUUGAAAAAUUGGAUGCCAAUGAAGAGAGGAUACUGUUAGAAAAUGUUUCCAAGUUGCAAAACAAUAUGUCCUUUAAAAUUGAGGAAUUGGUGGGCACUAUAAGGAAUGCUGACAAAACUCUCCUUACUACGGAUAAUAUAAACUAUUUUUCCUCAAAGACAAAUUUAGAUAACUGUGGGAAUAUAACAGAAUUUACUUCUUCUCAUUCCAUUACAACUGAAUCUUACUCUUUCUCUCAAAGUCAUGUUGAUAACCAAGGAAAUAUAGUUCAGGCAAGAGAUGUUAUUUUUCAACAUAAAUUUUCUCCAGAAAAUGAAACUUCUCCAACUUUUGAUGAUGUUAUUUAUAAUGAAUAUCCUCAUUUAUUUAAGCCAACUUUAAACCAAAGUUUAGAAAAAACAGAAAUAGUCAACAAAUAUUGGCAUACCUCACAGCAACCUUUUGAGAAUAUUUCAAGCUUCCGGGCCCAUUUUGUCCAAUCAUUUUGUGAUGAAAACAAUUUUGCUGAAAAAAACAAAACAAAAGAUCAAAUUUCAGUAGAUAAUUCAAAAGUAGAAGAUUACUUUAAUGCAAACUCUGAAGUUGUUGACAAAUUUGUCUUAGGAAAUCAGGAUCAAGACAUUUUUAAGUUAUCACAACAGCAUUUUCCUACAUUUGGUUUAGGAAAAUUUGAAGAUGAUUUAGAAAGUGGAUUAGGAAUGCUGUCUCCUGACACCACAACUCUAAGAACACUUGACACAAAUGAAGGAGGGCUUCAAAGUUUAGAUUUUGUUGGAGAUUUGGAAGUUCUGGAAAAGGAUGCGCCUUGUUCUGCAGAAUCUUACACAUCUCAGCUUGAUUGUUUCAUUUAUGGUUCUGAGAAAGAAAUUGCUGAAAUUUAUUCUGAAAACUUGAUUGAUGAUGGUGAAAUAUUUCCAGAAUCAAAGGCAGUAAGUUCAUCAGAAUACCAGAGUUCAUUAUUAAUCAAUUCUGUUGCAGAAUGGAUGAAACCUCUAAUAUCUUGUAACUGUUUGCAAAGUAAGAAUUUCUGGAUUAGUGGAGAGGUAGUAAGAGAGCCAUCCCAAUCUUUAAACAACCCUGAUUUUUCAAGCACUGAUGCUUCUCCUUCUAGUGAAAUGUCUUCAAGAUUGGGCUGUUCUCCUAGAUCACCUUUGUCAAUUGUUAAGUCUCUGUCUCCUACUGAUUCUGUACAAUCUCUUCCCUCCAGCCCAAGAAAAACUGUUAGAUCAGUUUCUGUCAAGAAGCUUACUUCUGAAAGCUUUUCAUCUGAGAAUGACAUAUCCAGAAGUUUGGAAAUUGUGUAUGUGGAACCAGAGUUUGACCCAAAAGAGACCUUUACUGCACAAUACAGAACACAUUCUCCUUUAAACACUGACAAUUCAAAGUUUGAGAAGAGAAAACCUUCAUUUACACAGUUGAAGAGACCUACUUCCUAUGAUCUAAGAUCUGACUCACCAGACAAGGGAAACUUAUCAGAAUCCGAUAUUCCUUCUAGUGCAAGUCCAGAUAUUUUUGAGAUUUCUAAAGCAACAAGUGCAGAAUUCACACCUUAUGUCUCUGACAUUGAACCUGUUUUGAAUAAAAAACUAACUUCUCCUACUAAAAUAAUUGCACCUUACACUUCCUCACCUCCUGUUCAACAUGUUGUUUCUAAUGAAACAAUUUCUCCCAUUUUGGAAAUCCUUUCCCAAACCCCUCUGAGGAGCCCUGAGAAAAAGUUUGAGUAUGUGCAAGGAUUAAAGGAAACAUUGGAAGAAAGCUUUGAGAUAAUCGAACCAAGUUCUCGAUCAGUAAAAGGUUCAGAUUCAGAUGAUCUUGAUGUGGAGUUUGAACAAGUUAACUCUGUCUGUGAGGAAACAAGUGUUGCACAAAAAACAGAAAAUUUUGUUGAACAGUUAGUGUCAAAAAAUGUUGAAAACUCUGAAGAAAUAACAUUUCAAUGCUUAUCUGAAGAUUUAUCUCAACAAUAUUCAGCAAGCAAAGUUAUUGGAAUCAUGAAAGCAACUGCAGAGGUUAUCCAAUCUGAACAUAAAAGUGCUGAUACCAGGGAAACUGGAUUAAAAAGAGAAUUAAGUGGUUUAUCUGAGAACUCUUUCCAAGGAUUGACUCGUGAACCUAGCUUUGUUUAUGACACUACAGUUGAGGCAUUUAGUGCCCAUGGAGCUUCUGUUGAUGAUCUUCUGAAUGCUGAGGAUGAGAAUGAUGUAAAUACAGAGGAACCUGAAGGGAUCUCAAUCAUUGGUAAACUAGUAAUUGGUCUGUCAGGAGGAAAUGAUGAUUUUCAGGAACCUGGUCAAUUGACUCAAGUUUCCAUUGCAGAUAUUUCUUCAAGUCCAGGCGAACCUAUGCUUUCCGUAGAGGGAACAGAGAUGGAAGGCGCCGGUGUUGCGAUACCUGGUGACAGGAAACAAGUAUCACUGUACCAGGAAACUAUUUCUACAACUCCGGAAGCUGAAGAUUAUUUUAUGAAAAGAGAACAGUCUUUCAUUGGUAAGAUAGUUCGUGGUGAGGUUAGUAGUUUGGCUGUGGAUGUUUCUGACUCCUUUAACCCCAGUAAUUCUGGAAAACUAUGUGUUAAACCUAUUUCAAGAAGUUCUUACUCAGAGAUAGAAAUUUCAAACCUUGAUUUUAAAAGUGAUUUAAUUGUAAAACCUGUGGAUGAGAAGCUGAAAACAAUUUCUUCUUAUGAAACAAUCUAUGACCAUGUAGCAUUGGAAGAAAUUGCUGCAAAUAGACAAAUUUCCAUAGAAGAGUUGCUUGGUAACCUUGGGGAUAGAUUUGAAGGAACCAGAUUGCUUCCAGAGCAAGCCUUUAGCUCAGAAGAGCUUUAUCAAGGUCAGGCAGAUGCUUCAUCUGAUGUUGGUGUAAACCGGAACCGAUGGUCUGCCCCACCAGGAUCCCUUGAUCCUCCAGAUUUAGAGGAUCAGUUCACAAUUCAGUUUGACUUAGUUGAAGAGCAGGGGCAGGAACAUUGGCAGGAGCUUGACAUCAUUCUGGGUUCAGGAGGUGUGGAGCUGAAACAUGAACCCAGCUCAGAAUAUUCAGAAGAAUCUGAACCUGAAUCCCCCAAAUCGACAUCUCCUAAAGCAUCUUCUGGGUCUAAAUCCUCCUCACAACAGUCAGGUGCAUCUAGAUCUUCUAGUGCUGCCUCCUCUCACGGAAGCUCCAAGGAGGAUCUUAGCAACUUGAAGGAGACAGAACAGGAACUUCUUGAUGAAAUAAUAGUCAAAGAUGUUCCUGAUGUCUCUACAGAUCCUGUUCUCCAGUUUGAAGACAAUAGAACUUCCAUUGAGUCUAUUCAAGAGGACGCAGAGGACCAACACUCUGAAUGUAAGGAUUUAAUUAAUGAUAUGGUCACUUCUUAUACUAACCCAACAUUGAAUUUCCUUUCCCCCAAUUCCUUUUCUAAUCCUAAUGAAAUGCCAUCUAAAGAGGAACAAAGCUCUAGUACAGGUUUAGCUGCUCCAGAUUCAAAGGAUUCUCUUGAAGUGCAUCUUUACUCUGUCAGCGAUGAUAUUUCAGAAACAGCAUCUGUCAAGGAUGAGACAGAGAAAGCAAGAAAUUACUCAACGCCAUCAGAGGAUGAAUCUGCUGUAAGUAUUGAACAAUCAGCUUUAAUCAAUGUGAAUGAAGCUGAUCAAGACAUAGUGUUUGAAGAAAAAAAAAUAGUUGAAGCCAGAAAAGAAACUGAAGAUGAAGAUGAAAGAUCAUCAGGAGAAGAACAUUUUGAAUUCAUUCAAAAUGAAGAGUUAAAAGAUGAGAUUCAAAAUAUCGGUGAGAUUACUGACGUUGGAUCAUCAAAGUAUGAUGAAAUACACAAUGUUGAAGAAGUUGAGGAAGAAGUAUACAGUGAAGUGAAAGCUAAGCAGAUUGUUGAAUCAGUUCAAAAAGAGGCUUUAACAGAGGCAGAAAUAAAAUCAAGAAAAAUAUCAGAAGUGAUCGAAGCUUUUGAAAAGAUAGAAACUGAUGAAAAAUCUGAUAAAAGUAUUGAACAUGGGUUGAAAUCUGCUAUUUCAAAACUAGAAGAACAUAUUACUCAAGAGGAUGAAUGUGUUGCAGUAUCUGCUUAUAAGACUACUAGAAGUAUGAGCUCAAGCUCAGAGGAAGCCUCCAAGCUGUUUGCACAGGAAUCUACUGACUCUAAUUCUGCUUCUGGGUUAGAAGGACAGAACUUUACUGAUCUUUCUAUGUUAGAAAAAGGAAAUAAUUAUGAACACUCAUCUUUGAAACAAACCAUGAAGAAAUUAGAAGCACAUAUUUCAUCGGAGGAUGAAUGCAUUGCAGUAACUGCAUACAGAACUACAAGUAGCAUGAGUUCCACCUCUGAGGAAGCCGGUAUAGCUCCUGCUCAUGGCUCUAUUGACUUAAUUAGGUCUGAUGCAGAGCUCGGAAUUGUCACCCAAGAUUCCACAGAUACCUCUGAGUCUUCUAAGCAGGAGAUAACUGAGGACACUGUAAAAAUCCAAGAAGAAGUAGAACAGAUAGGAUCUAUUGAGAAUGAUACUUCAGAAGCAUUUAAACAUAGUUCAACUGACUCUUCUGACACUGAAGAAAAAGAUGAAGUCCAUAAAGGUGCUGAGAGCUCCUCUGAUUAUGAUACCUCUUCUGCUAAGCCUAGAGCUAAGCGUCCUGAUUCAUUUGUAUCAGAUACAUCAUCAGACUAUGAUUCCAUGUCAAACCCUGGAUCUAGGCGUCCACAAUCUUUCUUAGUGGAGGAUGAUUUUGAUAUCAUUACAGAAGAAGACAUAUGCCAUUUAAAGAGUAAGCAAGAUGACUUAAAGGAACUCAGUGAAGAUGAAGAUUCUCUGGACAAAAACCAUCCAGACAAAUCAUUUGAUAAUGUGCAUGAUUCUUCCUCUGAGUCUGAAGGACCAGAUGAGAAGAAACAGGAAAAGAUCAUCAAAGAAGAAACUUUAUUAAGUAUGGACCAAGAUGGCAUUUCUUCCAUUCCUCGUCCCACAUCCUCCUCUCCAUUGCCUUCCUCCAUGACCAACACUUUAGACCUGCAUGCAAAUCAGUCUACAGUGAGUGUAGAUUUAGCUGUAUCAUCUGUCAUUCAUUCAAACACUCUGGAGGAAAUUGACCCCUUAGUGGUUGAUGGAAGUCGUGCCCCAUCUAAUUCUUCCCCUUUGGCGGAUGGGUUCUUGCCUUCUUUGACCCCUUCCCCCCUUACUAGGAGCUCCGACUUCAACACUGAGGAAAUAAAUUCUUCUCAAGACCUGAGGAAUGAAGAAGAUAAGACAACAUCUUCCUUUUCUAAAAGCGUCAAAUUGUCCUUUCCUUCCCAAACAGAUUCCCCCAUUAAAUCAACGCAUAUAGAAUCCUCCCAGCCUACUCAAUCUAGUUCCUUUGAUCUUAAAAGUAACACAAUUCAAUCUAGCAGGUUUACUUCUCAAAGUCAGGAUCUACAAGCUGUGCUUGAGGGUAUAUCUAAAAGUACAGUUUCUACCCGGCUCUCAGAGUUACAUAAAGAAGAACACAGCGUUUUUAUUAGUGUCACUGAACCUGCUACAGAAGAUUUUGUAAUGGUUAGACGAGAAAGUAGCAAAUCCACAGAUUCAGAGCCUUCCUUUAGAUGCAGACAUUUGGGAUCAAGUUCAUCAGAGAAAAGCAUGGAAGAAAAGAUGAGGCAUGACACAUCAUUUAGAAGUUCAUAUGAAGGAUCAGAAAUAGCUUCUCCAAAUAACACUGAUCAGUUUGAUGCCUACACCACUCAGACCAUGGAAGAAGAUGACCCUAUGAAUACAAAUGAAUAUAAACCUAUCCCAAAGCACAAACAGCUACAGAAGAUAAACUCAACUGACCUUCUACACAGAAAUAUAAAGGAAACUAUUGUACAGCAGGUUAUGUGUGAGGAUGAUGAUAGUGUUAUGUCUGAGUCCACCAUUACAACCUUGAAAAGUGAUAAUGAUGACUUCACAGCAAUCAUUGAAAGCAGAAAUAUGGAAUUAGAGUUUUCAGUUGAUAAACCUAUUCAGAAACUUAGUGACAUUGGCAGUCACAAAGAAGAGCAUGCAUUUAAGACAGCAGAAGAAAUCUUUGUGGAAGAACCAGAUUGGGAGCUUGUUGAGACCCAAAAAGAAAAUGAAAGAAUUUUAGGGGAAGAAGAAACAGUUUUUAAGAGAUCUAUGACUCCAGAGCAAGCGCUAGAAAUUGCUUCUGAGAUAGUUCAGAAUGUUCAAGUAGAGGCUGUGAAACGAUAUGAGGCAAUGAAAAAAAGCAACAGCUUGCCUAAACCAACCCCAGACUCUAAAUACACUCCAGAGACAAAGGAGAAGGUUCAAGUUUAUCUAAAGGAGUUAGAGGAAAGUGAGCAGUAUGACCAUGUUGCUGCUGAACUCAUUACACAUGUUGUUUCAAAAAAAGAGGAACAGUACAUGAAGAUGAACAACCAAAUCAGCGUUGACAUUACAGAUGAAGAGCCCAGAAGUGAUGCUAUGAUGUCUGAACUGAGAAAUGAACUAGGGAGAAGCUCUGUAACUGAUGAAGACCUUGUGACUGAUUUAACAACUGAACUUUUAGAGGAAAAUACAAUUGAGGAGAUGAAGAAGCAUCUUGAAUCUACCCUCCAUUCCCAUGAAUUUCAAUUGGAGUCUAGUUUUAAAUUCCAGACUUCUUUCAGAACACACUUUGUAGAUGAUGUUUAUGGAACUUCAGAUGAAAAUGAUGGUAAAACAUACACUGAAAAGGAAUUUCUCUGUACAGAAAAUGAUGAUAUUUAUAACUUUGAAGAGCAUAAAAAUUUGUCUAGCUCCCAACAAGCUGAUUCUUUCAUUUCUGAAGACAUUUGGGAACAGGAAUCAAAAAGUGUCACUAAACAAGAUUUCAUCAAACUUAGAGAAAAAAAAUCAAAUACUGAAUCAGAUUCCUCUGGAUCUAAGCAGAGUUUCAGAAAGUCUGGAACAGACCAUGAAGGUUACAGUUCUUCUGGCGAAACCUACUCAGCUGAUCGUAACAAUUCUAGUCUAAGCAGACCAUGCUCCAGUGAUGUUGAAGCAAUUAUGUCAGCUGUAUCUGAAAAAUCUUCAACAACUGGAAACACUGAAUAUGUCACUGCUCAUGAUCAUUCUUCUGCAGAUACAUCAUUUUUUACAGCAGCUUCAACUUUGAGUUCUAGAGGAUCUGUAAUUUCAUCUGAGAGCUCAGGACAUCUUGGUAGUAGGGAAGUUUCUGAAUGUUCAGAAACAUUAAUUGAAUCCAGUUUAGAUUUAGAUUCCCAUCAUGAUGGAGCAGAUACUCCAAACACUUUUAACCAAUUACAGUAUGCAUUGGAAGAGAGCUCUUUUUGUCCUUUGGAAUCAGAAGAUAGCACUCCAUCUACUGAGAAAUCUCAUGGAUCAGCAAUGCAAGUAGGAAAAAGUCAAGAAAAUAAGAUAUUGACUUCUGAUGACAUUGAUGGAUGUUGUUUUAGCCAAUCUCUUCAGGAUGAGGAAAAUGAAAAAGAAUAUUUGAUUCAGGAUGGAAAGAACAGAUUUGGUUCCAUGUUUUCAGAAUCCAGAGAGACACUUAGUUCAAGUGUUUUAACAUUGUCUAGUGUGUCUGAAAUCACUGUAGUUGGAAAUGAAGCUUCUUACAACAAGAUGAUUUCUUCUCAGUAUAGUCACAGUUCUGUUGAAAAGCAAAGUGAUUCCCUCUCUGUAUCUCAGCUGUUAAUGACAGAAAGUAGCUCAUCAUCCUCAAGUGCUGCAAUAUAUACAACAUCAAAAGCUGAAAGCAGUGAAGUUCCUUCUUCAUUUGAAGAUCUGGCAAAAGAUAACUCAACUGAACAGGACCAGGUUUUUUUCAUGCCACGGGUGCGAAGCUUUGAGGGAGCGCAUUCCGUGCAGAUAUCUAUCCCUCAAGAACAAUCCUUAGAUUUAGGAUCGGAAUUUGACUCAAGACCAAAUUCAGAGCUUAAAGAUGUUGAAUCAAGACCAUUGUCAGCACAAAAAUUAAGUAGAUCAAACUCUCAAGAAGAUCAGAAGACUGGGUUUUCAAGGAGAGCCUUCUCAAUUGAUGAAACUGUUUCAGAUGGACUUAAGGUAUUUGAGCCUUACUGCAGACCAAAGUCUCCAAUGCCAUUAAAUGAGAGUAAUCGAAGUAGUCUUGAUUCUGAAAGUAUGCAGUUAAGAGUUGGUGUUUCAUCUUCAGUUCGAUGUCCUUCACCCUUUAAUCAAAAAUAUCAGUCUGAAGAAUCCAUUGAAACAGAACUAGCAUUUUCCAAACAUUUUACACAAGUUUUAGAUGACAGUGAAUAUGAAACUAGUGAGAUUAUUAAAACAAACCAAAAUGAAAAUGUACACCUUACAACUGGUCAGUUAAUGGACCUAACUCCUGAGUCCUGUAAUACUUCAGAAUCCUUGGAAACCUCUCAAGGAAAUGAUUACUACUUAGAACAUGAUGGAAAAGAGUUUAAAGCUAGGUCUCCUAAACUUCCAUUUGAUUUGGAAGAUGAUCUGCUGGUAGGUUCACCUCCAAUGGUAAGCAGACCUCUUGGAGUAAAAUACUGGCCCCCAGUAGAUAAUCUUGACCAAGAGCUUGAUGCUUGUGGUCCUUUGGAAAAGAGAAGAAUUGUAAGAUCUGAAUCUGAUGAUAACAGUGAGAGUAGACUGGAAUUAGAUAAUGAAAUGAUUGAAAAAGAAGUUGAGCAAGGUAAGCGUUGGCUUGAAAACCAGUUUGAAGAAACACCAGAUGAAUUUGGAAAUUUUAGUUAUGGUCAGCCUUUAGAUCAGAUACUGGAAGAAGAAGAAGAUCGAUACUCCUACACUACAGAAGAUAUGAAAGAGCUUCAAAAAUUUAAAGAAUCUUUAACUUCAACUCCUGACUUUGAUUCAAUUAUAAAUAAACGCCAUCAAGUAUCAAAAUCAGGAGAUGAUGAUCUUUCAAUGGGAAGUUUAACAGAAUUUGAAAGGUUAGAGAGAGAAGUUGCUUUGGGCUCUGGCAGUGGAAGUAGAGGUUCUCUAGGUUCCAAUGAUUCCCUGGAAGUUUAUAGUAACGGAAGUGGCACUGGAACAGGAGCUGGAAAGCCAACUCAUUUAUCAGUAAAAACAGUCUCUAAAUCUGGUCUAGGAGACAAUAUUUCUGUCAGUUCAUUAAAUUCUCUGAAGUCUUUUGAAAUGAUUGAAAGUGCUUGUGCAGAGGCGGCACUGAUAGAAGCCAAGGCUAAACAUCAAGAAGAGGUACUCUCUGAAAUAGAGGAAGGACAUGAAAGUCAAGUUUCAGAGUCAGAAUCAUGUGAAACAAUUUCUGAGUGUGGACAGAAAUCUGAUGAUGAAUAUGAAGAUAGGUUGUUCGAAAUUGACAGCAUCAUUAAGCAAGCACAAGCUAAUGUGGAAAAGUUUGAAACAGACAAAAAGCAAGUAGGAGAAAUAUUACUGGCGGAUAUAAUAGGUAAGCCAGAAUCUAGGACAGCAAGCAUAUCUAGCACAGACAGUUUAGAUGAAUCGGUACCAGAAAUUCAAAAGGAGUCACCCUUCAGACGACAGUCUAGUAUUCCAACUAGAAUUACUUCAGCAUACGGUUCUAGAACUACUAGUGUGACUAGUCUUCAGUCUGUAACAAGUGCAAGCACCCUUACACAGUAUGACCCAGACUCGGUUCAAGACAGAGAUUUUGAUGACGAGGAGCUUGACAUAAUGGGCAAAUCUAUGCACAUUUCAAUAGAUAGCUUAAGGGCUAAAUCUCCUGAAAAUACUAUGAUAACAUCCACUGACUCUCUUGACCCAAACACUCCUAGAGACAAGAUGACCUUCUCCACAGAUUCUAUUGAAAAUGCUAAAAGUUCAGACCACAUGACAGUAUCGUUGGAUAGUUUGGAUGGGGCCGGAAAGGAAGAUAGAAGCAAGGACUACACAUUUGAAACCCAAGGAGCAACAUCAAUGUUAUUCACUAGUACAGAUUCAAUUGAGUCAUGUAGUACAAAUACAAGAGCAACUGCAAGCAUGCUGUCAUCCAUGACAUCUCAAGGAUCUGAAACCCUUGUAGCUGAUGAUGAAUUUGAGCAUGAUGAUGAGGAUUCAAGAUCUGCAAGGAGAUUUCUACUAAACCAGGGAAACUUGCUUUUUGAAGAUUCAGAUGACAGUACUACGUGUUCCCAUUCAAGUCCCCAGCUUCCUGCUAGGCUUUUUAACAAAGAUUCUAGCGAAUGCCGGUUAGAGAAAAUAUCCACCAAGCCAGAACAUGCAAAUGUUGUGUCAUCUGAAGAGGUUGUUGAAACAGAGGAGAUUGAUGAAAAAGGUAACCUUAUUAUAAAAAAGGUCAUACAAAAAAGAUUUUAUUCUGAACAGACUCGACGUACUGAGAACAAGAGAGAAGGUUAUGUUAGUGAUGUCUCAUCGGAGAAAAAGGAUGAUUCUUGUGAAGAAACCAUGGAAGAAAUAGAUGAGUUUGGAAAUAGAAAGGUUUAUGUCGUGAAGAGAUCAAUAGAGUUUAACAAGAGUAAAACCAUGGAUGCUGUUGAUGAAAGAGAACUUUUUGACCUAUCAUCGGCCGAGCCACUGUCAAAGAAUCCAAAGUCCAAGAAUUAACCUUAUUUCACCAGACCCCAUUUUUUAUUUCCUCCAAGUCCAUUUUUCUCCCAUUUUCAUAUUCGACAAUUUGACGCUUUAUCUUCUCUCUAACUAACUGAUCCAGAACAACCGCGAGAAGAGUCGAAAUAAUGUGGCCUAACCUACAAAUUGUACAAAUCGUACACAUCAGAGUUUGUACUACAGUACAACGGAUAUAUACAAUACAACACCUACAUCAUUUACACAACGUGAAAAUGUGAAUAUUUACAAAUCGCGUAAAAGAAUAAUUUAUGCUAAAGCUUUUAAAUGUGUUAAAACUUUUUUUCUUUGAUCUAAGCAGAUUAAGAUUAUCUCAAGCAACCAUGUUUCCUGUUUCUAGUUUACAGGAGGGGAUGGGAGUAUAGAUUUAUAUAUAUAUUAGUGUAAACAAACUUUAUUCUAUAUUUGUUACAUCUCUCCCAUGCCUAAACCUGAACCUAAACCUAUGUAUAUAUGUUAAUAUAUAAAUAUAUAUAAACAUAGGUUUUCUUGACUGUACAUACUUCUCAUUCGUACUACACACCGCUUACUAAUGUUAUAAUGUUAACUAGUCAAACCCUUUCAACUUGACUUGACAGUGAAGCUGGCUAAAAUAUCUAAUAUUUUACAUCAAAUAUUUAAACCACUUUUAAACCCCCUGUGCAGCUUUAAUGGUUGUAAACUUGAGAACAAAUAUUUACUUUUUCUCUCAAAUUGUUUAUAUGCAUUGCAGUACAGUGUACACCACUCUAUAGUCUAAACUAAAUUGUGUACAUGAGAAAUCCUUUGCUGCUGUACAGUAUAUUAAUGUACUUUGUGUUAAUGCUAUUUAAAAUUAGAAGUUUAAUCAUUUUUUUAUGAUCAGUCGGGCCUUACUGAUCUUAAAAAGAUAAUUACAGUUGAAAUAAAUACAUAUAUCAACUUA